UUCCCGACGCGACGCCCGCUUUAAUCUCAGAUAGGAGAGGGCGAGUGCCUGAAAAAUCUUCCGAUUUCGGCAUUGGCCUUGGCGACCGAUUAUGAUUAAUACUUAACGGUGACGGGUCUCCGGGCCUCGAAAUCUUUCCCGGGAUCUUAUCGCACGGAAAUUUUUUGUAUUUUGGUUUUCGAUUUUUGGUCAAAUUAUUCAUGUUUGGCGCGUGGCCACAAAAAAACCGUCUACUGGUAUCACCUCCAAAUAAUAAUAGAACCGAAGUCGGUCGCGUGUGAAACGCCUGAUUUCGAUGGGCUUAUCUGUAGGAUUUCUACACAGAACCGAACUAAGAUUGUGUUCGAAUGACUGGAAGGCAUGUUGAAGAUGGAUGAUACAUUUAAAGAAGGCAUCCGGCGUACAACAAAGUUUUUGAGCAUGUUCGACGUGGAACCCAUUAUUGCCGACCACAAGGACGUAAUACACGAUGUGGUCUUCGACUAUUACGGCCGCCGGAUGGCCACUUGCUCCAGCGAUCAGACAGUAAAGAUCUGGGAUGAGGACGGGCAGGGCAAGUGGAGCGUCACCAGCAGCUGGAAGGCCCACUCCGGCUCCAUUUGGCGCGUGUCCUGGGCGCAUCCGGAGUUCGGCCAGGUGGUGGCCACCUGCUCGUUCGAUCGUACCGCCUCCGUUUGGGAGGAGGUGAUAGGCGAUAAGAUCUCCGCCAGCAAUACCCCAUCCCGGAGAUGGGUGCGCCGCACCACCCUGGUGGAUUCGCGGACCAGCGUCACGGAUGUGGAGUUUGCGCCCAAGUACCUGGGACUCCUGCUGGCCACCGCCUCCGCCGACGGCAUCAUCCGCAUUUACGAAGCCCCGGACAUCAUGAACCUUUCGCAGUGGCCCGUGCAGCACGAGAUCGCCAACAAGCUGCCGCUGAGCUGUUUAUCCUGGAACACGUCCACAUACAUGGUCACCCAACUGCUGGCGGCCGGCAGCGACGAGGCGGCCACGCCUACCGGGAAGGUGUUUUUAUUUGCCUACAGCGAGAAUGCCCGAAAGUGCGUGAAAAUCGACACUGUUAAUGACAUAACCGACCCGGUAACGGAUGUGGCCUUUGCUCCUAAUGCCGGUCGCACCUUCCACAUGCUGGCAGUGGCCAGCAAGGAUCUCUACAUUGUAAACCUGCGGGGCGUGACAGAUGCCACUGGCGUUUCGAAGUUGGACAUCCAGACUAUCAAAUUCAGUGAGCACAUGUGUCCUGUGUGGCGCGUCUGCUGGAAUAUGCUGGCCACCAUGUUGAUCUCCACGGGCGACGACGGCUGCGUGCGUCUGUGGCGGAUGAACUACAACAGGCAAUGGCGAUGUGCCGCCGUCCUCAAGGCGGAGGGCAGUGGACCCACCUACGAGCCAGCUCCGCCCACCCCGACGCUGGCCACCACCGCCUCGGCCACGGCCAAGUUCUACAAGAAGGGCACCAUCGGCAACCAGGUGCCAUGGCACUGAUCUUGUACUUAACCUUUAGAGUCCCGAAUAAAUUCCUAAGCUAAA